GAGCAAGACGACAGGGCGGCAGUAUCCUGGCUCAGCUGGACUCUCUUCACGAGUAUCACCAUGAGUUAACAGCAAAGACUCAGCAGCUCCAACAAGUGGAACAACAGUUGAAGCAUCUCCAGAGGAAUGCUGAGAAAUAUUUAUCAGUAAAGCAGCAGUUCACCCUGAGAUCCCAUGAGCUACAGUUGUGCCAACAAAGGAUGCAACAGAGCUCCCACUACCAGCAGCAAGGAGAAGUAAAUGCCUUGGAGAACACCAUGAAGGAGUGUAUGGCAACUGUUGAGCGGUGUAAGCAGGUAGAUAUUGAAGGAGAAGAAAAGGUGAAGGAGAUUGAAGACAAAAUUAAGAAUUCCAAGGCAUUAAAAGAAAAAGAGCUGAAGGCAGCCAAAGUAGCAUUAGAAAAGUGCAAGAAGGUGGCAGAAGAGACAAGAAGUAAAUGGAACCUCAAAAAACAGGAGGAGGAAACCUUAAAGUUGGAAAUAUGUGAACUAGAACAGAGUAUUGAGACUACAAAGGUUCAAAUUAAUUCAUCAGUGGAGGUGUUGGAGCAGUAUCAGGUACAGAUGAAGGCCCUUGAAGAGGAAAUUGCACAAGGAAAGAGUGAAGUAACAGCAGCUCAGGCAGCUGUAAAAGCACAGAAGGAGACACUCAGUGCACAGAACAAAGAGAUCACUGCCAUGUCUGCACGUAAGGAGCAGAUCAUAAAGAAUACUGAUGAAGCCCAGCUGGAAAUUAAACAGCUUGAUCACAAACUUUCAAAGCUUAAAUCAGGACAAAGGAUGCUGAAAAUAAGGUGGCCCAGAUGCUAUCAGAACACGAGUGGAUAGUUGAAGAUCGCAAAUUCUUCGGACAGCCCAACACUGGUUAUGAUUUCACUGCUAAUGAUCCUGUGGAAGCUGGACGCAAGAUCACCAAACUGGAAGAACUCAAGGCUAAAUUGUCCAAGAAUGUGAACAUGAGAGCCAUGAACAUGUUGGGGAAAGCUGAAGAACAGUACAAUGAUUUGAUGAGGAAAAAACGAAUUGUAGAGAAUGACAAGGCCAAAAUUGAGAAGGUCAUUCGUGAGUUGGACGAGAAGAAAAAGGAAGCUCUGAGGCAGGCGUGGGAACAG